AUGAGGAGCUUCGUUGGAGGGCACUUGCCUUAUCGAGGUAGCUCUGUUCAGAGCUACUUGGCGGCUGGGUGUCCAGAGGAGGUGAUCAGGGCACCCGAGUCCCAUCCUCCUAAUACAAGACCUGGGUACAUAACUCUUCAUGGCAGACCACUGUUCGGGAGUGCUGCGGCUUUCGACCAGCUUGCAGGUGCCAAGCUGCUACAAAUGCGGCCCGAGAGUCCUGGGCUUGCAGGUGAUUCCUACUCCAAAGUCGAAACCUGCGAUGGGAUCAAGUUUCGCUUGGCAUGCCGAGGACACAACGACUUUCUUGACUUUGCCUACGAGGCUCCAAGGCAGCUCUUGUUGCGGGCCCAGAGAUUUUUCUUCCGCUGCCCAUGA